UGUUAACCAAGUCACAGUAUAAAACAUGAAGAUAACACACUUUGUACUCUCUUCUCUGGAAACUUUUAGGGUUUUUGACUCUUUGCUUAUCGCCGCUAAGCUCUCUAGCCUCCGCGAACCGCGGUUUCUACAGUCAAGCAGAAUGGAUUCUCAGAUUAAGCACGCCGUGGUGGUGAAAGUGAUGGGACGCACUGGGUCAAGGGGUCAGGUGACGCAGGUUCGAGUGAAGUUCACAGACUCUGAUCGUUAUAUUAUGAGAAACGUUAAGGGACCCGUGAGAGAAGGCGAUAUCCUCACCUUGCUAGAGUCUGAGAGAGAAGCCAGGAGACUUCGUUGAUUCGCCUUUUUAUUUUUCUACAAGUUGGAGAAAAGAAAACAGAACAAUGUCUACUUAUUUGUCUUUAUGGUCUCUGUGAGCGGUUUAGUGAUUAUGCUUUGGUUUGUUGCUAUGAGACAGUGGCUGGAUUGAUAUGGUGUAUUUUGGUAUUCAAAGUCUAUUCUUAUCUGUUUGUUUCAAAUCA